GAACAACAGCAGUCUGAAGACAACGCGUGUUCUGCGCUGUGCUGAGGGUUCUGAGGAGAACAUGAGCUCCUCUGCUCGUCUGGGCCGCUUCACGGGCGGAACCGGGCCGCUGGUGUUGGAUGGAGGUCUGGCAACCGAACUGGAGGCUCAGGGAGCAAAGUUACAGGGAGAUCCUCUUUGGAGCUCCAGGCUUUUACACACAGAUCCUGAGGCCAUCAGAGAAGCUCAUUACAGGUUCCUCCUCGCCGGUGCUGAUGUCAUCACCACGGCAACGUACCAGGCCAGCAUCCCAGGAUUCACCAAGCACCUGGACGUGAGCUCUGAACGCGCCAGAGAGCUGAUGGCGUCUGGAGUCCAACUGGCCAAAGAGGCCGUGGACAGGUUCGUCUCUGAGGCCCGUCCAACAGGGCGGAGACGUCCGUUGGUGGCGGCCUCCGUUGGACCGUACGGCGCUUUCCUUCUCGAUGGCUCUGAGUACAGCGGAGCUUAUGCAGAGCAGAUGAGUGUUGAGGAUCUUAAACUCUGGCAUCGGCCUCAGAUCUCCGUCCUCUCAGCAGCCGGAGCCGACUUCAUUGCUUUAGAGACGAUCCCGAGCAUCAAAGAGGCGUCGGCUCUGAUGGAGCUGCUCAGAGAGUUCCCCGAGUCCAAGGCCUGGCUGUCCUUCUCCUGUAAGGAUGGGCGCUGUAUAUCAGACGGCAGCCCGUUCACCGACGCCGUGCGGUUGGCUAACAGAUCCACUCAGCUGGUCGCCGUCGGAGUGAACUGCUGCUCGCCGGCGCUGGUGGAGCCGCUGCUGGACUCUGCCGGGUCGCUGCUGAGCCCGGACCUGAGCUGGGUGGUGUACCCCAACAGUGGAGAGGACUGGGACAGAGAGCAGGGGUGGUUAACAUCAGAGAAAAGUCCUCUAGCAUCAGUCACUGAACUGAGUCCCACAUGGAGGAAACAAGGUGCAGAUUUAAUCGGAGGCUGCUGUCGCAUCGGUCCGGCUCACAUAGCAGAACUACGACUGAAGUUAAGAGGAAGCUGCUCGUCUUCAGCCGCUGCAGUUUAAUUGGAAUCAAAAUAUUUAACCAUGAUUGAUAAGAAGAACGACAUCUGAUCCAGGAGUUUAUAAAAAAAUCUUAAUUUAUUGUAAAAUAAGUAAUAAAUAAACCACGACAUCAAAUCACAGCAUGACAUCAGAGCUGGUUCAAAAACAACAAAGUGUGGCUGCACAUGAACAUGAAGAUAAACAUGCAGUCUUUAAUAUCUGAGGUUCACAUGUCGAGGGAUUCCACCAUCACGUCUUUAUGAACUGGGAUCAUCUAACGAAGCACAACGACACUUCAACUGGACUUUGUUCCCACUGAACUAACCAAUAAGAAGCCUGCUUACCUGUACAAGGAGUUAUCACCUGUCCACAGAAACACAGCAAAAGCUUUGUUGAAUGAAAUGUGAGUUUAACAUGAUGAUUAAGAAAAUGAACAUCACAGAAAUGUGAUUAGCAGCAGGAUAUAAAUGAAACUGUGAGAAGUGGUUCUGGAGUUCAAGUCGACACAGAGCUUCAAAGCUGUGAGGGGUCUUGACCUUUGACCCUUUUGUGACAUUUGUAUUAAAGAUAACUAACAGGUUUUAUGAUGAUUGGACAGACGAUCUUUUUUAUCGAGCAGAUCUGUUCAUGGCCACGCCCCUUCUUUGGCAACGCCGUCGCCUCCUAUUGGUCGAUUUCUAAAACAUUUAGGGGACGUGUUUCAACAGCUUCAUUAAAAAUAUUAGUUUGCUUUUACAAACCUUCGUUGAUUUAUGAGCCCAACAAGUGAGCAAUGUCAAAAUGUCUUUAAACUGGUUCAACAUCAGGACAGUUUUCUGAUGUUUACGGUCUGAUCUUUGUCGAGCCACCUUGAUUUUUAGCACUUGUGGCGCCCACUAGUGGCUGAUUGGAAUGAAACUUUCAGGUUAUGUUUCAGGUAUUCUUGAGAACGUAUCCAGCAAGUUUCAUGAUGAUUGGUCAAACGCACAAGUAUUCAAUUAAAAUUCAACAAGGUCCACGUAGAGAGAACGUCAACGUCACAAUAAUGUCUAACUGGCGUUAUGAUUUAGUUCCAUAUAUAUUGAAGUAGCCGAACAGUUAUAUCAACGUCUGUACGUCAUCAACAUCUGACUGUCAAAUCAAAUAAAUAAAGUUCUAUUGAAUAAUAUCUCAACAAUAUUCUUUGUCAGGUUUCAAAAUGAACUGGAUGAAUUAUAAAUAAUAAAUACUCUCAUAUUUCUUGGGCAGCACUUGCACAUAAAAUACGAUGUGUAGUCUCACUCAUAACAUAUGACCGUAAAAUUAAUAAAACGCAAUAAAGCUCAAUAAAGUUCAUGUUCCAUUGUUCAUCUUUGAGGCCGUAGUUUGAUUUGUGAAUAUUUUUGUGUUUGCAGUUAUGUCAUUAUGAUUUAUGUUACAAACAAAUUUUACCUUCUUUGCAACAGAAUCAUUAGCAGCUCAAACAUUCUGUGUGUUAAGUUUUCUGCCUUAAUAAGUUACAUAAUAAAACAUAGAAACUGUACUUCCUGU